AUGAGAUGAUAUUCAAAGAGUCUGGAGUCUAUGCACCCAUUUGAGCGAGAAGUUUAGCAAGAAAUCACACAGAACAACUAAUCACUGAAUUGCGAUGAUGUUGUUUUCUUGUGAGCUUAUAAAACAGUGAGGAUGAUUCAAAUGGUUAGAAUAGUCACAAUGCCUCUAAAGUACUGCAUUUUACUGGCUAUCUUUCUCGGUUACGGACUUUGUGUGAGAGAUAAAAAUAUUUCACGAAAAUUGAAUGGCACGGUCAACGGUAACCAGACCCUCACGCGUGCAGAUGGUCCAUACUUGGUCACCAGUGACUUAGUUGUCCCAGAGAAUGUUACUCUUACUAUAGAACCUGGUGUAAUUGUGAAUUUUGUUCCAUCUGUGGGGAUUCGUGUUCGUGGAUUGUUUUAUGCAAAAGGAACACCUUCGCAGAGAAUUACUCUUCGAACUGUUCCUGAUGGAGAAGCGAGUUUUAGCAAUAAAACAGACGGGGCUAAAUUCUACAGUCCGGGGGUAAGGCUUGUGGAUGGAACAUCCUACAACAAUGGGCGCCUUGAGCUGCAGUAUAAUGGAAGGUGGGGGACUGUCUGCAACAGCAGGAGGAGUUGGGAUAUCAGCAAUACGCAAGUGGCCUGCAGACAACUUGGCUUCCUUGGAGCGAAGCGGUAUUUCUAUGAUCCUGGUAGCGGCCCCAUGAUGAUGAAGAAUGUUAACUGUAAGGGAACCGAAACGAGACUAUGGGAUUGUCCUUAUACAUGGAUUAUGAAUAAUCCAUAUUCAUGUGGUCACAGCUGGGAAGUUGGAAUUGAAUGCGACACUCUCUUGCCAUAUCUGGCCGAGACUUUUUACUGGAAAGGUAUUUUCUUCGACCUGAGGAAUUCCUCAGAGAAACAAGGAAGUUCUUCGCUGGUGCACGUAAACAUCGAGAAGGCUCUCGAGGGUGUUAAUGCCGUAAAAAGCGCUCCAGAGUUACUACAUGUUACAAUUAACGAUAGUGCCUCUGGCUUAAAUUUAAAAGAAGUUUCGAAACCUUUGGCCGUAGUUGAUUGUUCAAUCCUAAGGCCUAUGCUGGCUGGUGUAAGCAUCGAGAGCUUCUGUGGUAAUGCUGUAAUUGAAAACGUCACCGUUCAGAGUGCACGAUUUGGGGGAGGUCUUGUCUUCAAGCACUUGGCAGUGAAUUUCUGUUCUGUCAUUCCAGAGAAAGCUUCUUUUCCUUUGUUCCUAAAUGCCGCUGGGAAUCAUCAACCAGUAAAUUGCAUUAAGGUUUUCAGAGCUUCACCAAGAAGAAAGAUCUCUGUGCAUUUGAGAAAAAUUAAUGGAAGUGGAUUUGAGCUAAAUAUUACCGAUGGAAGGGCAGGUAUCAAAACCCAACUUCACAGAAUCACCAGUGACUACAAUGGAAAGACAAUUAAGACUGGUUCUAGCUUUAUUUUGGAAAUUUCCUUUUAUUCUAAAGGCAAUUCUAAGGCUCCGGCCAACUUGGAAAUGAUCAUUAGGGAAGAUCAAGGCGAGACUUUAUCACUUCUGAUAUCCAAUAGUACCUUUUCUGAAAAUUCUAAGUCUGGUAUUACCGUUGAUAACUUGAUUGGUAACUCUCGAAUCUCGCAGACAACGGUGAUAGGAAACAAUUACUAUGGACUCUAUGCCAGCGACACACAAGGCAAAAUCUCUGUGGUAACGUCCGUAUUUCUGCGUAACAAAUAUAACGGUGUUAACAUAACCAAGAUGGCAGGUACUUUAGAAUUAAUCAACGUCAAUUCCUCAAAAAACCAAGCAUCAGGAAUCGUUAUCGAUGCUGGAACUCUAUCAUUCCAAAUGUCUGACAGCCUUAUUGAAGAAAAUGCCGGUCACGGAUUACACAUCUUGAACCAGGUCAACUCCACAAUCAAAAUUAACAACACGCAGAUUGUUCGUAACAGUAAUGGUGAAGGAAUAUAUUUACAGGCACUUCGGUCUUGCCAUGUUCGACUAGCGGAAGUAUUGUCUCUUGGUAAUUCGCAGAAUGGAGCUCUGUUGACAAGAUUAUCCGAUACCAGAUUAAAUGUCACAUCUUGUAAAUUUGAUGGAAACUCCUACACGGGAGUUCACGCUGACUACUUUCUCAAAGGAGAACUUAAAUUAGAGAAUAUCUCCACCUCAAACAAUUUCAGAUAUGGUUACAUUUUCCAUUUUGGGGAUACCAGCAUAAACAUAGAGUCUUCGUCUUCUUUUGGUAACGGCAGAGAUGGCUUUUACGUAGAAAAUCAAGAAGGAGAAGUUGUCUUAAAGGAUUUUGCCGCUCGUGGCAACAAACGACACGGAUUGUGGUUUGUUGAUGACAACUCAGCUCGUCUUCGAUCAGUUUAUCUUCUUAACUGUAAUAUUUCAGAGAACAGUCAAUACGGUGUGCGGUUUUAUUUCACUUAUAGAUUUACUCAAGGCACGGAGAACUAUACCAUUAACGUUGAAAACUCCACAAUUUCCAACAAUCCUCUUGGUGGUUUUACGCUCUAUCCUCCAGGCUGCAGUUGGGGAAACGUUCAGCGCCAAAGACGCGUUCAAGUUUUAUUCACUGGUAAUGAAGUAAAGGGAAACGCGAAAAAUGCUUUGGAUAUCCUUGGUCCGCAGUGGUACGAGUUAUCUGCUGCCCUGGAUAAUAACAGAUUUUACGAGAACAGUGGACUCGCUCUGAUAGUAAGACAUGGCCAAAGUUGUAGCCAUCAGCAUUCGUCAUCCUACAAGUUGCAGGUUUCAUCCAAUAUCUUUUUGAAGAAUAAAGGGGAGAACAUAUUUUUGGUUAAUUGCGAAACGUUACCCACAAAAUGCCGUGUCAUCAUAAGAAAUAAUACGUUUUUAGAAAAUCAAAGAAUACGGCCGUUUUCCAGGAAUUACCUUCGUACCAAAACGCAGGCAGUUUUAGCUGUAAAAGGAGGCAACGUUACCAUAAAGUACAAUUCCUUUAUCAAUCCUUUGUUCUCUCAGGAGUUAGCAGCUCUGCUUAAAGACCGCGAACACGUCAUUCAAGCGGAAGAAAACUGGUGGGGAACAAAAGAUGAAUGCAAAAUAAAAGACCGACUGUUUGACUUUGAAGAUCGAGUGGAACUUGCACAAAUCCAUUAUUAUCCAUUUUUGGAUUCCCACAAUUCUACCGCUGCUAAAUUACACAAUGGUGCCAGACCUCUUUGUUUUCUUCGAGGUGACAGCUUAGGGGGAACAUUGAAUCAAGUCCUCAAUAUCACAAACGAAAAUGAUGUCUACCGAGUUAUCAGUGAUGUCACGAUAUUGUCUGACGGUGUUUUGUGUAUCGAAGAAAACGUCACUUUAGAAUUCCCAUUGAAAAGCGUUUUCUUAGUACAAGGAAAGGUUAUUAUAAAAGGUACUGAGAAAGAACGGGUGAAGUUCCUUCCAAGGGGACCAUUGAAUCAGGAUGUUAGACUCGUCCAGGGUCCUGCCCCUUGGGAAGGGGUGGUUGAAAUAUGGGUCAAUCGCACGUGGAUGCCAGUUUGUAUUCAUAACUAUCGACACGAGUAUGACAUAGUGUGUAGAAUAUUGGGAUACGAACCGGAGAACUCUUAUUACCAUGACAAAAGUGGAAGAGAAAGAAUAUUCUUGCAUAAUCUCCGAUGCGAUACAGAUCAAGGAGAUAACAUUACGAUUUGUAACAAAAACAACUGGAUUUCUUCUUCAUCGUGCUCGGCAUAUGUUUUGUACGUUGGUUGCAAAAUUCCCUACUGGGCAGGCAUUCAUCUUGCAGUGACUUCAAAGAAGAGCGUUGUCAGGAAUCUUGAGUUACGCUAUGCCGGUUGUCCAUAUAGAGACGACCUGGGUAUCCCCGGAAUUGCUUUCAGGGUGGACCUCCCUCGUCAUACGAUUAGCGGUGUCUCUGUGAGUAAUUCUGCGUCCAUUGGUUUCCAGAUUAUGUAUCCAGACCCCGUUGAAGAUUCGUAUAGAAUCACGAAUUCAACAAUAGAUACAACUGAAUCGGAUGGAAUUCGUUUGGAGUCUCCAUUUCUUGAACUCCUGGGUGCAACUGUUGUAAAUACGAAAGGCUACGGAUUUUCGUAUCGUUACAACUGGAAUGCUCUCAACACACAAGUUGUAACAAUGGCAGAUGCGACUAUGAAGAAGUAUCUCGACAUGUGCAGUGAAAGUGAAACAUUCAUUGGUGAUUCUAGCGUAAUGCAUUAUCUUGUUGUGAAAGCAAAAAGCUGAGCAGCGUGUGACGCUA